AUGGGCGCGGAGAUCUCCAGACGCAGCCACAGGCCACCAAAAGUGAGUCUUGUUGACAAGGCGACGUGGACGGGUGAGCCGGUGGAGCUAGUCGACAAGGAGAACCAGUGUGUGCUCGACGUGUUCCUCAAACUCACCUCCGACGAGGAGCAAACAAACUUGGACUAUCAGCCACAGAAGCGGCCGCAUUCUGAGACGUGUUUGCGUCAGUACAACCAACCUCUUGAACCGUUGAUAGGUAAAGUGGACCUAAGUUGUUGUGAUUGGCUACAUCGGACCGACCUUGGGUUAGCUCUACCAAUCAGAAUGGAGCAGACCCGCCAGGGUAUGUCGGGAGGCUCCACGCCGGAAAUCAGCAGCUUAAACGGUACCGGUGGGGCGGCUAUGGAGGGCGACGAGACAGAGGAGGUGUCUCUGGGCUCCUUCGCGGACACCGGCCCACCGGACAGGAUCUGCAAACUGCAGGUGGACGCGCUGUCCCAGACUGAGAGCACGUCUGCGGUUUCGGCCAGUGCGAGGCUUGGAGUGCUCUUCGACGCGGACGAAGACGAUGCCAGAGGCAUGAGCCACAAGGCCACCUCGAUUCCGAAACUUCAAGCCGUCAUCGCGGAGCGAUCUUCAAGGCUAAUGCAUAAAUCCCGACGCCCUGUGUAA